GCUACAAAACGAACUUAUUUUUGAAAAUUAGCAUCAUAAAUUUCUUGAUCGCUAACAUCUCAUGGAAUAAGGGAUUUAAUUGAAUGAUACUUCGCUCUAUCACCCACUCUUCGAGAGCAAAUCCCUUUUCCUUCAUUCUUUUUCCCCAAGAAAAACAGUGCCCAUUUCAGAAUGAAUGUCUUCAAAUAUCAUCACCACUGUCGCCCGCAGAUUCUCGGUAGCCUUCUCCUAAAUCAUUUCAUUGGCGAAUGCCCUUCUAUCAGUUCCCGAUUUGGGUCCAAACAAUGCUUCGCCACUCACUCAGAAGACCAACACAUGACCCAAUUCAUGGAAUAUUUAGAUUCCCUGAAAAACUACGAGAAAUUGGGUGUACCCAGAGGUUCAGGCACUGAUUCUGAUGAUGGGUUCGAUCUGGGAAGGAUGAGAAGGCUGAUGGAACGACUGGGUAAUCCGCAAUCCAGGUUUAAGGCAAUUCACAUUGCUGGAACGAAGGGAAAAGGGUCGACUGCGGCAUUCCUUUCGAACAUUUUACGAGUAGAGGGAUACUCUGUUGGUUGUUAUACUAGUCCUCAUAUUGAAACUAUAAGGGAACGUAUUUCACUUGGAAGAUCUGGAGACAUGGUCUCUGGGAAGGCACUAAAUUCUCUUUUCAAAAGGAAUAAAGAGGUCUUUGAUCAGUCAGUAGAGCUUGAAAAUGGACAUUUAAGUCACUUUGAGGUCCUUACUGCUAUGGCGUUCUCGCUCUUUGCUCAAGAAGAUGUUGAUGUUGCAGUCAUUGAGGCUGGACUUGGUGGUGCACGGGAUGCAACAAACAUAAUUUGCAGCUCUGAACUUGCUGCUGCAGUCAUAACUUCAAUUGGAGAGGAACACGUGGCUGCCUUGGGUGGCUCUUUGGAAAGCAUUGCAACGGCAAAGGCUGGAAUAAUUAAACGUGGUUGUCCAACAAUUCUGGGUGGUCCAUUCCUUCCAAGAAUUGAGUACAUUCUUCGCGAUAAAGCAUUGUCCAUGUCUUCGCCCGUAAUAUCAGCCUCAGAUCCUGGAAACAGAAGUACCAUAAAAGGUGUAAACCUGCUCAAUGGAGGACUUAGCCAAUGUUGCGACAUAGUAAUUCAAAUAGACAAUGAAUUCAUCGAGUUAUUGGAUGUCAACCUCCGCAUGCUUGGACCCCAUCAACUUCAGAAUGCAGCAACUGCAACUUGUGUUAUUCUUACUCUCCGUAAUUUAGGCUGGAGAAUUUCGGAUGCAUCUAUCAGGAGUGGACUAGAGCAAACAUUCCUUAUUGGUAGGAGUCAUUUCUUAGCAGCCAGGGAAGCUGAGGUUCUUGGACUACCUGGAGCAACGAUAUUGCUGGAUGGAGCACAUACCAAAGACUCUGCUAAAGCAUUAUUGGAUACCAUUCAAAUGGCUUUCCCUGAGGCUCAAUUGGCUCUUGUGGUUGCAAUGGCCAGUGAUAAGAAUCACGUUGGUUUUGCUAGAGAAUUCCUUCAAGGUGGAAAAUUAGAGUCCGUUGUCUUAACUGAAGCCCUUAUUGGUGGAGGCAAAUCAAGGACAACUUCAGCUGCUUUUCUAAGAGACUGCUGGAUCCAAGCAUCCAAUGAAUUGGGGAUCCCUAUUUCUUUAGAAACUAAAGAUGCAGAAGUUUUCUUCACAAGCAAACUCGGAAACAGACCGGUAUUGACUACUGAGACCUCGUUAUUACAUGCCAUAAAAAUUGCUGCCGAGAUUCUCAAGCAGAGAACGAAAGGACGGCAAGGUCUUGUCGUAGUAUCUGGCUCUCUGCAUGCUGUUUCAAUGGUGUUAGCUUCUCUUCAUUCUUGAAGUCUUUAUUUAUGAUAGGCACUUCUUUCGUAUGUACUUUGAGCAUAGUUCUUGAAUAUUGCCAGAUUAUUUUCUUAGCAUAUUUCUAUGAAUUAUUUGAAGUGUGACAUUAAUGGCAGGGAAAAGUAAUGAAACAACCCUCUCAAAAGGGUGAGAAACUAGAGUAGAAUACUACGGAACUCAGCAUGGAUGAUCCAAAUCUUUACAACAGCGAUAAAAUUUUCGAUAAUCUUCUUUGAACAAACUAGAAUUCACUACAGGGAAUUUUGCGACAUAGGGAAGUGUUGGAAAGAAAAAAAAAAGUCAAGCGAAUGAAAAAAGUCAUUGGAGAUGGUUGUUGAGAAAACUUCAUCAGGAGACUUUUUGCCAACGACGCUAACAAGUGUCAAGAAGAGGGUUCGGCAACCUUCAAAGGGAUCAAAUGCAACGUACCAAUCCAAAAAUUUGGGGCAUUUUGUGUUAGAUUUUCACAUGAAAGUAUUGUGUGUGAAUAUUUGUGAGAUACAUAUUUUAUUAGAAUAAGAAAAAACAAAUGGUUAUCAUGGAUUCAAAAAGACAAGAUUUGAGAAAGAAUGGGUUUAAAAGUAUAAAUGCUGUUUGUGUUGAUUACU